CGAGUAGUAGUGAAGUAUCAAAGCGAAGCGUUUGCAGCCCCUGAUUCGGGCGGAUGGUUCCCGCCAGAUGGGUCUUUUAAGCGGCUGACCAAGUCAUGACUUUGACGGUUCAGAUAUGAGAUAUGAGAUAUGAGCACAAUAAUAAUCCCCGUUCGUCUGAACUCUUCUGAUACUAAAUGAUGUAUUGAUAUUGGUACUCUUAUGAUCUCCAUACUCCACCAUGAUUAUAAGGGGUUCGAACAUCGAAGGAGACUGAUACUGUCCCACGGUCCCUCUGCCAAGCGGCUUGUCCACACCUUCCUUUCCUCUUCCCGCGAUUAACGCACACAACAUCCGGAACUCUAACGGCGACAAGCAAGCAGCAGCAGCAACAAUGAUUGAUUCCAUCCAUAUCAAGCACAUCCAAUACAUUCUCCCAUAAUCCAUGCGACUCGCCCUCGCCUCGUCUCGCCUCGCCUGCACUCCUGGAAUUGCUGACGUGGCCCACGACGCACGAUGAAGAAACCGGGCGUGCAUCCACAGCGCCUCUAUCGAUAUGCUGCUCUGCGUCGCGUCCUGACGCGCCGUUGGACAAGACCAGCCGCACAGCUAGUUAAAUUCGACACUCGAGGCAGGACGGGCAUUGCCACAAGUCAUCCUGGGGAAUCUGGAGAUGUCGGAGAAUUGCGUAAGUAAAUCGGUUCUUCUUACCAUAUUAUGCAUUGUGAUGCACGCCGGCGACGAUAUCGAUAUCAUGUCAGGUUAUCCUAUCCUCGAUCCCGUCUUGCCACGAGGGCCACAUCUCCGGCCGCAUCUCGGUUCAUACACCCCAGAUUUGAACGCAAGUUAGAAUUAAAUUAUCUAGAAGUCUAGAUUCCUUCUCCCGACGGACCAAAUGGGUCUCUUGCAGUUCGCGCGGGAUAUAACCGUAUCCAAGAGAACCUUGGAACGCAAGCCGGCCAUGGGCCUAUAUCACGUGCAAACCAGGUGUUUUGCAGACACGUGCAGCCGUGCAGCCGUGCUAGCGGCCAAUUGCCAGAACACCUCGCUAACAACCCUCCAGGAGAUUCACAACACCCUUCCAGAAGAAGAAAUUAUCAAUCACGAUCACAGAGAGAACCUGAAGAUGAAACUCCACUGUCCCGGAAAAUGAUAGAGGCAGCCGCCACUGCCUUUGCUAGUAUCGUCGUCCUCGGAGCAGGCUUUGGUAUCGGCGGGUACAUGUACCAUAAAUUCUACAAAUGGCUAGUCCUCCACAAGAUGGAAGGGGCAUUUAAACCCGGAGAUCCAGUCUUAGAUCUCGCUGCAAUCGGCAAACAGAUUCCCAAUUCCAUCACAUCACCUCCUCUCAGCAAAGAGACCGACGAACAUUGGGUUUUACGAGACGAGCAAGCCAAAAUCGAUGCUAUCGUCAAUGGAUCCGAAAAGGGCCACUAUCACCUCCUGAUCGGUGAGAAGGGUACCGGGAAAUCAAGCAUGUUACUGGACGCCAUGCAGAAAAUUGAUGGCGAGGGAUGUAGCAUGUUCGAAGCACAUGCAGACAUGGAGAUUUUCCGUGUGCGGCUAGGUAAAGCACUUGAUUUCGAAUUCCACGAAGACUACAUCGGGUCAUACUUCUCAGAACGUGGACCGAGAGAAAGCACACCUUUACUCGAUAUCGAGCGAGCCUUCAAUAAACUAGAAAAAGUUGCGCUUAACAGGCGGAAAACUGUCGGUAGACCACUGAUCGUGAUCAUCAACGCCGUCCACCUCCUCCGAGACGACGAAGACGGUCGGGACCUCCUUGAACUGCUUCAACAAAGAGCAGAGCAAUGGGCAGCUAGCAAUCUCGUCACCAUGGUCUUCAACAGCGACGACUACUGGGUAUACGAACGACUAAAGCAAUUAGCCACCCGCAUGGAAGUUACCUCCAUCACAGACCUCCCCAAGAACCAAGCUAUUUCCGCCCUCUCUAAAUAUAGACUCAAGUACUUCGGCGAGAAACCCAACAGCAGUAUCUUAGAAGAAGUCUACGAUCGCGUCGGCGGUCGUCUAACAUUUCUCAAUCGUGUAGCCAAGUCGAAAGACAUGCUCGAGACAUGUGACUCAAUCAUCGACACCGAAAGGCGGUGGUUUCUCAAUCAAUGCUGGAUUCUGGGCAUGGAAAUGGACGACGAUGUCAUGGACCAGCAGAAAUACGCCUCCGCAGCAAUGGUCCUCGCCCAAGCCCUCGUAGCCGCCGAAAAGUCCCAAACCUCACCUUACUCCCCCUCUGACGGCUCCCACCUCAUCCCGCAAAUCCCCCUACACAAAGCCCGGCAAAUCAUGACCCGCGCCGACUUCAUAAAGGACUACGACCACAUCAACCUCUUUACUAUCACGUCCUCCGCAUUCGUCCGCGCCGAUUCUGUCCCAAUGCAGAGAGCAUUUAGAAGUAUCUGUGAAGAGGAAGGCUUCGAUGACUAUCUCGAGGCGACGUUGCAGAGGAUCAGCGAUAUCGAGAGUCUGGGACGUACGAGGGAGAUUGUGGCGAAGGAUCUUGUGUUGGGUGGGAAGUAUAAGUUUUUGUUGAAGGAUGGGGAGAGGAGGGGGGAGAAGGUGACGGAGGUUGUGUUGGAGCAGAAGGAGGAGGAGGAGGAUAGUGAUAGGGAUGAUGACAAGAAAUAGUUGGGGGAAGGGGAUUGAGGUGGUGAUGGGUAUUGUAUGAUUUUUGUAUGUUAAGAUGGGAUAAGAUGAGAAGAAACGAGUAUGCAUGUAUGUAUGUAUUUAUGUACAGUACAGCUAGACGACAGACAGAUAGAGACACAAACGAAGAUUUCCUUGCCUUAAAG